AUGUCCAGCUCUGCAGGACGUAGCUGCUCUGCCACCGCGAUCCAGAAACAAGACUCGACUGCAGACUCCCAAGUCAACAACCAAGCCGUUGUCCCUACCGUCGAGUCUCCCAACAGACCGCAGUCCUCUCACCCUCGGGAUUUCAGCGCUAUUGCUGCUAGUACCCAGCACUUCGCCGUUGACCAACCUACUCCGAGUCAAGAUCUGUCAGUGAUCCCCACACGCACCACAUUGAACAUGCAGCAAGACGCAAACCACCUCCGCGCCGUUGGAGCCUUCCCAGCAGGACAAAAGCCGACUUCGACUGCUCUUGGAGCACUCCCCCUGGGACUCCGACGCAUGUUCUGGGCGUGGAGCACCUGCGAGAGCAGAGAACAGAGAGCACAGAUGCAUGCACGCGUGCCUAGCAAGCUCCCACUUUUCCGGACCAUCCUGCAGGCGUGCGCAGAGUCGCAGGCCGAAGCCCUCCGGCACAAGGUCAAGCUCGUCAGCGAAGGAGGGGGGGUCGCUGUUGCGGAGGUGGGUUCCAACUGGCGCUUCGUGGCCAAGGAGGGUAACCCGUUUGCCCAUAUGUGCCAUUACCGCCGAGAACUAUGGCACUCGGUGAUGCGGGAGGACGUGAUGAGAGCGCAUGGCUAA